AUGGCACCCCCCCACCGCCAUCCCGGCACAACCACCCGCCCCCCCCUGCAAACCCCCGCCGACCUCCACCGCGCCCGCACCCUCUCCCAAGCCCGCCUCAAGCAAUCCUGGGAACGCAUCUUCGCCCGCUUCAGCCACGACUUCUCCGGCAUCGCCGACGAGAUCGACAACGCCACCGGCGCCCUCCUCAUCGACAACGGCCACCUGCGCAGCCUCGCCGACGCCGACGCCGACGCCGACGACGACGACCCCAACGACACCUCCACCGACGGCGGCUUCAGCACCGACGACGAGGACACCCCCCCACCACCACCACAACCGCAGUGCGGGCGGUGCUUAGAGCGCGACGAGCUCGACAACACCCCCCCCUGCCGCCACGUGGGGGGGUUAACGAAGGAGCAGAUCCUGUCGUGGACGCCCGCGAAGCUACACACGCACCUUGCCGCGCUGAGCGCGCGCACUGGCAUCGACUCGUGCGACCUGAGCUUCCAGCUGCAGAAGCACGACAUCGACGGGCGGGCGCUGGGGGCGCUGGCGCUGGAGGAGCUGGAGACGAAGCUGCGGCUGCGGGAGCCGGUGGUGGUGGGCGUUGUGUGGGCCGAGAUACGGCGGUUGCAGCGGAUCCUGUCUGGUGACGCGGAUGAGGAGGAGGAGGUAGAAGAAGCGGGGGUGCAAGAGCAGCAGGAGGAGGGGGGGGAGGAGGAAGAUGCAUGGGCGCCCCCUCCGAAGGAGGAGGAUCCGUUCUAUGGCGCCGCGUGGCGCGACGAGCAUCCGGAUGGCACGCCGGCGGCGUUUCUGAAGGGGAAGCGGCGGCGGGAGGAGGAUGGCGCUCUGGGCAGUGGGAGUGGCAGGAAGAGGGUCAAGGUUGUGAGGGUUGGGGCGCCGAAAGAUGCGGAGGGGACGACGAGGAGGAUGGCGUUUGAGGUGGCUAUACCUGCCCGGACGGCGACACCGCCGGCUGCGGAGCGGGAGACGCCUGGGGGUAGGAAGGCGGUGAAGAAGCACGCUGUGGAGACCCCCAGUCCUGCGUCUACUAGCAAGACUACUACAGGUGCGAGGAAGACGCCGGGCGACAGAUCCACGGGCAACACUACGGGCCCCGGCCUCAAGUCGAUCCUGAAGACGCCGGGGCUUAAAUCGAUACUCAUGAAGCCUAGCACUCCCGUAACCGCAACUGCAAUUGCAGCUGCGGCGCCCUCGAAAGCUACAACUACAACUAAAACACCCUCGAAAUUCACGACUAAGACAGCCUCGAAGUCCACCACCACCCCAGCUGCCGCCUCGAAAUCUACAACUAAAGCGCCGAAAGUCGACGCACCCGCCUUCAAAACGCCGCUCCCCAAAACUCGCUCGAAAUCUACCACCGCGACCCCCGCAAAAUCAGCGUCCAAAACCCCCGUAACUAAAACAGCUAAGGUCAAAACCCCGAUCACCACCAGCACACCCGCCAAAACGCCCUCGAAGUCCAGUACUGCGACCCCAUCGAGAUCAAAAUCUACACCCACCCUCAAGACACCCACUACUAAAACACCCGCUACCAAAACGCCAAAACCAAAAAGCGCACCCGCCAAAAAGACCCCCAAGGCUCCCAAAGCCCCCAAGACCCCCAAGACCUCGGAACCCGAAACGCCCGGCUGGACCACAUCCAUCGACCGCACCAAGCUCAAGGGCCACAGCUUCCUCGGCUUUGCGGGCGCGGACGGUGAUUACGAGGAUGAGUUGGCGUCGCCGGGUCCUGACGAGAAAGAGCGGAGGAGGGGGAGGAGGAGUGGUGGUGCGGAGAAGGAGAAGGAGGAGGAUGUUAUUGUUGUUGUAGGGGGAGCGGCGGUGGAUGGGCAGGUGGAUAGGGAGAAAAUUGGAGAGAGUGGUGGGGAUGGUAGAGAGGAUGGUGUAGUGGCCACUCCCGCGAGCGCCGAGUCCGCUGCUACACCAGCGGCCGCACAGCCAGUAGAACACUCAGCCCCUACCACAACCACACCAUCAGUAGUAGCCGCCGCCGCCGCCGACUCCGCAUCCCCAGCAGCACCAGCACCAGCACCAGCACCAGCAGCGCAGAAAGAAUCCCCCAUUAAGGCGGACAAAACGGUCAAGCCGCCACACGCAUGCAACAAGAAGGGCUUCUGCUUCGUGUGCAUGGAUCUGGAGGGGGAGGAGGAUGAUCUGAUCUGA